AUGCAAGAACCAACGGCGAUCGCGCCAAGCACACCAGUCACAACAAGCACUCAAGAGCAAGAACCAACGCCAGUCGCACCAAGUACUGAAGAGCAGUGUUUCUACUUUGAUGGCCUUCCUAGCAACCCCAAGCUUGUUGCGCGCUCCAGCUCCCUCGACAUCAAGUGGGGACGUGGGAAUGGCGGCACCGUUUGGGGGUCUAAAAAGCGUCUUUACCCAGCAUCACCCACUCACCCGAUCGCAUCUCUUUGGGGCGGGACUUUGCGCCGAAAGAUCAUCAAUGCCCUUGAUGGCUCUGGUGGCCUUGAUUGGACAGCGAUCGAUAUUGCCUGGAUCCCAGCUGGGACCGCCCUGAUGAAGUCCCUGAAAAACAUCAUGUGCUUCUCGUUUCUGUCGCUUCCAACAGUACAACAUGGGAACAAGGAUACCCAGUAG